AUGGAAUUCUCUUCGUUUGAUAAGGAUUUUCAUAUGGAGGGUGCUCCUAAUCCAAGUGGCUCGACGGCGGGAACGGUGUGUGAUCUAUCCCUCCAAAACGUAGAUGCAUCAAGUGAGUUGUCACGAGCUGCAGUCCUCCAAGCACAUUUGGACUUACUACAAAGGGAAAAAGAGGAAUUGGAGAUGCAACUAGUGCGCCAAAGGGAAGCACACGAAAAACAGAUGGAAGCUUAUGUUACGCGUUAUGUGAACGCAGAUUUUUGGCUGGCUCAGCUGAGUACUAUUUUGCCUGCUCGCAAAACACGCUCCAAGUUGGGAUCUAUGCCACACUCGUCUACAAUCCUGGGCGGUGAUGACACUUUGUUUUGUUCUAAAAAGUUGUUCGAGCCGUCCACUAAUUUGGUCUAUAAAACAAUGCAUGGGUUCGCCAAAGAAGCACAAACGGGCGUCAGGCAGAGUAACGAUGAUCUGUUGGCAUGGAAAUUCAAUCCAGAAAGUACAAGUGGGAAGCAGAUGAUGGGCCGGAUUCGUCAGUUGCUCAGCGAAAAUGAGAAAUUGGGCCAAUUCAAUCAUGCCGAUCGAAUAGCCUCUCUGGAAUCGGAUGCUGAGCUGCAGUCCACGUGCAUCAAAGAGUUUAUCAAAACGCAUUCGGGUAUUGAAAAUGUUUUGGAUGAGACGUACACAGAUAUCGAAGGAUUACAAAACAGUUUACUCAUGGUCCACCAACAAAUCGGUCGAGCGGAAUCGGUGGUCACUAGUCUUCAGGCCCAACUAGACGCGAAACAACCUGGACGAGCUGCUGAGCUGAUGGCUGCCGUCCUGGUUCAGAUGAGCGAAGAACAACCGGAUUAUGAAACCUCAAAGGCGGAAGAAGUUCCCAUUGAAGCAGAGCUUGAUGAAAAACCAUCCCCACAGAACACUGACAAAACGUUUGGUCUAUCUAACCCUUUGAGGGACAACUAA